CCCAGUGACAAAUCUAUACAAAUCUAAAGGAUCAUAGACCUAAAUUCUGUGCGCCAAAGUAGCUCUCAUAGACGUUCUAAACGAAAGCAUCAAAGCCACACUUGAUCCCCUUCAUUUUACCCCCUCUUCUCCUCAUACUUCCCUGCAAGUAGCCUGUCUUACCAUAAGCUCCUAAUUCCCCCCCUGCACUCUUCGGAGGUAGGACUCAUGCCAAGAGAAAGGGAUCCUUUGGUUGUGGGAAGGGUGAUUGGAGAUGUGCUGGAUCCAUUCUUAAGAAGUGUACCCCUCAGGGUGAUCUACCAUUCGAGGGAGGUGGCCAAUGGAUGUGAGCUUAAACCCUCAGCUGUCGCUGACAGACCUAGGAUUGAGGUUGGAGGCACUGACCUCAGGACCUUCUACACCCUUAUUAUGAUAGACCCAGAUGCUCCAAGUCCAAGUGACCCGCAUCUCAGGGAGUAUUUGCACUGGUUGGUCACAGAUAUCCCGGCAACGACUGGAGCUGCCUACGGUAAGAUCACAAGAACCAAAAAAGAUAAGUCCGCCCAGGUGGAUCAGGUCAGGAGAUUUUGUGCUAUGAGAGCCCACGUCCGGCGCUUGGCAUCCACCGGUUCGUCUUUGUGCUGUUCCAGCAGCUUGGGCGGCAGACAGUGUAUGCUCCUGGGUGGCGCCAAAAUUUCAACACCCGGGACUUUGCAGAGCUCUACAACCUCGGAUCACCGGUCGCAGCAGUCUAUUUUAACUGCCAGAGAGAGUCCGGCUCCGGCGGGAGAAGGAUGCAACCGUAAGCUAUGGCUUAUAUGGUGAAAUUGGGAGCUAGCUUGCACAGUGCCGCCUCUCCUAUUUUCUUGCAACAGGGAUUUACGUAGCAUCAUUGUUGGGGACUUCACAGUGUAUAAAGAAAAUAAUGGCACUGGAAGUGAAGCUAGUAGAGAAGUGGACAUAGCUGGACGAUGGGGACUGAGAUACUAGCAGUUAGCAGCACAAGCUUUGGAUUUCAUGAAAAAACUCAAAGAUUGGAUACAUUAUUCCUUUUUUCAUGAUUGAGAUGCAUGGCCUGAGAGAAUGCAAAGAAUAGAAGAGUAUGAUGCAAUUAUAGAGUAAAAUAGAAAAGAAAGUCGUAUUUUUCAGAAUUAGUUAACUUUUUGGGUAGUCAAUAUCUGGAGAUGAGUUGCUGGUACUUGGAUGAUAUAUAAUAAACUUCAUGCACGGA